CACACGGUUAAAUUCCUACAUCUUUAUCCAUUUUCCCCUUUUCCCAACCUCUCCCAUCAUUUUUUUGUUAUUGUUCAUCAAAAUCGUUGGAGAGCAAUGGAGUCCAGAGAGUCAAUUGUUACCAGCAAGAAGGUAAGGGUUCCAUUGACGCGAGAACAGGUUGAAGAGAACAUGAGGCUCAUCGAUGAUCUCAAGUUCUUCCUGGCGACUGCACCGGCCAAUUGGCAAGAGCACCAGAUAAUCAGGAGGUAUUACUUGAACACGGAAGAGGGAUUCGUGAGCUGUGUAUACUGGAACAACCUGUACUUCAUAACAGGAACUGAUAUAGUGAGGUGUGUUGUAUACAGGUUCGAACAGUUUGGCCGGGAGAUUGUAGAUAGGAAGAAGUUUGAGGAAGGUGUGUUUUCAGAUCUAAGGGCUCUCAAAUGUGGUGAAGAUGCAAUAUUGGAAUCCUCAAAGUCCAAUUUCUUGGAGUUUCUUUAUAGAAAUUCGUGCCUGAGAACUCAAAAGAAGCAAAAGGUGUUUUUCUGGUUUAGUGUUGAGCACGAUAAGUUAUUCACUGAUGCCUUAGAACGCGAUUUGAAAAAGGAACAGCUUGACCAACCAUCAACGACACGAGCUGUUAGCGAGCCAGCGUUGUCGUUCAAGUACGACUCAUCGACACCACUGUUUGAACAGUUGACAUCAUUUGUGCAACAUCAGAAGGUGGACACCGACAUUGGCAGCGUAGAUCAAGAUGUUGAGGACACCCAGAGCAUAACAAGUCCCGCUGAUGAUAUUAUCAAGGAAGAGCCUUUGGAGUUCACUGAAGACGAUCAAGUUGGGCAUGUCUUUCACAUCAAGGAGGAAAAUGGGGACCCGAUCAUCGACAUGGAAGACGAUUUCCCACUAGAUUACUUCCCGCAAACCAACGAAGCUGAUGCUCUAUUCAUAGACCCAAACGUAUUUGUGCAAAUACCAGAAUCGUACAACAAUCAAUUCUUAAUUGACCAGACUAAUGCAAAGACACCCUUUGAUAAAAGCACAUUUGAGAACGAACCUAUUGGGGAAACAGGGGAGGUUUCAUUCGAAGAGGAAGUGGAACAUUUGAUGCAAGUGCCACCAAUGUUUCAACCUCUGUACCAACAGCAGUUCAGUCCAUACAUAGGACCUGCGGGUCCAAUGGUACCCAUGUACCAAGGCACCAUAUCUGGGUCGCCACAGAUAUACUAUUCACCUUACCAUCACCAUCAUCACGAACAACAGCCUCAACAACAGCAGCCAGGGAUGAUCACUAAUGGACAGUAUUACGACUCCCUGAUGAAUGGAGAGAUUCCACAAGACAUGUACAAUGAUUAUGAUGGAUACUAUGCACCCUUUGAUCCAAAUGAGACAUAUACCAGUGGUUAUUCAAUAACACCAAAUUCAUACGCUUUCCCUUACGGUGGUCAAGGCAGCCAUGAUGGCAUGUCACCAUUUUCUCGUGUUUUCCCAGGGUUCCAAGCAAUGGCGCCACCAGAUUCUCCUCGUGGUGUCAAGGCUAGAAAUGUCAAGUUUGCAUCAUCCAAUGCUAAGAUCGUCAAACCGAGUAGGUUGAGACAUUCUUCCAGAGUGAAUAAAGCUCAAAGCCAACGACUUGAGAAGGAAUCAAUAUCAAACCGUGAGGAUCACCAAGGUGAAUGUGACGGUGAUGUAAUAGAGGGAGAUGGAUACAGGGAUGGAGACGAGGAUGAUGAGCAAGACAAUGAUAGUGACAGUGUGAAUAACGAUCUCUCUGAUAGUAAAGGCGAUGACCGAAGCGGAGUUGAAAACGAGGAAGCUAAAGAAAACGAUGUGGACAGCGGGCUGGAAGAGUAUACAACGUUACCAACACCUGAGAGUACGGUGCCUGAGCAUCACACUUCUCUAUAGAACAAUGCAUAUAAACCUCGGUUUCCUAUCAGACUGCGUU